GCGGUCAAGCCAGCCGCCACUACGGAAAUCACAGUCAAGCGAGCCGCCACGUAAUUUGCUACUGCACGUACGCUUCCGUUAUUGCGGUAAUGAGGCUUUUCUGCUGAAGGGACAUGAGUAAUCCAUCAACUAAACGUGGUUUGACGUCGCUUUCAUUAGGGCCUGAGUCCCAAAGGGGCGAAAGUAAAUGAAAGCGACGUCAAACCACGUUUAGUCGACGGACCAUCCAAGUCCUACUAUUUCCUGUUGUGGCGGCUGACUUGACCGCAGUGGAGCAGAGGGAAGAGGACGUAAGACCGCCUGGAGAGAGCAGCUGCACACGCAAGCUGUACAGUCCCAGAAAAAGGUUGCUAUAACGAAAAGCAAAAAGCUACGAAAACGGCAGCACAGCGGGAGAAGGGGGUAAAAAUAGGGAGACUCCCGCGAAAAUCGCUUGGCAGAUGUUGUCCCUCAGAUUUGGAUGUGACAUCUCUCUUCAUCCAAAAUCUCAGUGAGAUUGUGUCUUCAAUUCAUCAAAACUGUCAACUUGAUCCACAAAAUGACUUUGAGAAGAAAACCUUUGACAGCUGCAACUUUGUUGAUAAUAAUACUGAAAGUCUUCAUCGGACAGAUCCUCGCAUGUCAUCCAGCAGAGUACCAAAUAGGAGAAGAAUGCUGUCCUAGAUGUCCUGCUGGAAGUCGAGUUAAAACAGAUUGUACAAAGAUCAGUAGUACAUCCUGCCUGCCCUGCACUGAUGAAACCUACAUGAAUCAGCCCACUGGACUUAAACAGUGUUUCAUCUGUGCAAACUGUGAUGCAGGUUCUGGUCUGCAGAUAAAGACAUCAUGUACAUCAACAUCAAAUACAGUUUGUCAACCACUGGAGGGAUUCUACUGUAUGGACUCCACAGAGGACGGCUGUGUGAAAGCACUGAAACACACAAGCUGUCAACCAGGACAAUACAUCAGACAAAAAGGAACCAACAGAACUGAUACAGUGUGUUACAACUGUCAGCCGGGCUAUUUUUCACAGGAUGGUGUGAACUGCACAGCUUGGACAAUUUGCUCAGAAACUCAAGUGAUGGUCAAAGAAGGAAACCAGACAAAUGAUGUCGUCUGUGGAAGUGCAUCAAGAAAUCGUUAUUCUUUAUUUCUACCUUUGUUAUUGUUUUCCUCACUAACACUUGUGUUUGUGAGCAGAGGUUGGUGCUUGUUUUGCAUGUCUACCUAAUAAAUGUCUAAUAUCCUCCUCGCCUCCAGUGGACUCAACUAAAGCUCACUAACUUUUCGUGCUAAUAUUUUGGAUGUCAGGCAGGUGAAUAACAACUGAUAUGUUCAACCUGUCAGCUUAUUUUUUGUAAAUCCUUAGAAAGUUCACUAGGGAUGCACCGAUCAAAAUUCUUCUCUCCUGAUAUCAAUCAAUCAAUCAAUCAAUUUUUAUUUAUAUAGCGCCCAUAUCACAACAGAAGUCAUCU